AAAUGAGAAUAUGGCCAAUGGCAUUGAAGAUCUUAUUGGGAUCCCAUUCCCAAACCACAGCAGUGAAGUCCUUUGUGGUUUAAAUGAACAGCGGCAUGAUGGUCUACUCUGCGAUGUCAUCCUCAUUGUCCAGGACCAGGAGUACAGGACCCACAGGUCUGUCCUUGCAGCCUGCAGCAAGUACUUUAAAAAACUCUUCACUACUGGCACUUUAACAGACCAGCCCUAUGUUUACGAGAUUGACUUUGUCAAGCCUGAAGCACUUUCUGCUAUCCUAGAGUUUGCCUACACUUCAACCCUCACCAUCACCACCUCAAACGUCAAGCACAUUCUCAACGCAGCCAAGAUGCUGGAGAUCCAGUGCAUUAUCAAUGUAUGCCUUGAAAUCAUGGAGCCUGACAGAGAAGCUGAAGAGGAAGAUGAUAAAGAGGAUGAAGAUGACGAUGAUGAUGAAGAAGAUGAUGAUGAUGAAGAGGAGGAGGAGGAAGAAGUGGAAGAUUUUGUGAAUCAGGAGAACCUCACUGAUGUCCAAGAAGUAAGCUGUCACCAAAGCCCUUCAAAGUCAGACCUUACCGAAGAAACAUAUACAGAAGCACCUAGAGACUUCUCACACCAUUACCCAGCCCAUAGCUCUGCUGGCCACUUGGGCAUGAUACGAGACUUUUCCAUUGAGUCAUUACUAAGGGAAAAUUUGUACCCUAAAACGAACAUUCCAGAAAGGAGGCCAGCCCUAUCUCCCUUCACACCAGACUUCUUUCCCCACCUGUGGCAUGGAAAUUUCAGUUCCUUUUCCCAGCUAGAAGAGCAGCAAGUGGACAAUGGUCCUUUGGACCUGGUGAUCAAAAAGAGGAAGAUUAAGGAGGAGGAGAAGGAAGAGCUCCCUCCAGCUCCUUUCCCUAAUGACUUCUUCAAGGACAUGUUUGCCGGCAAUCCAGGAGGUCAUUUGGGGCACAUUAAGGCAGAGAACGACUAUAGCGCUUAUCUCAACUUUCUAAGUGCCACCCACCUGGGAGGAGUGUUUCCUCCAUGGCCUCUGGAGGAAGAAAGGAAGAUAAAGCCCAAGGCAUCUCAGCAGUGUCCGAUCUGUAACAAAGUCAUCAUGGGGGCAGGGAAGCUGCCACGGCACAUGAGAACCCACACAGGAGAAAAGCCAUACAUGUGCACUAUCUGUGAAGUUCGCUUUACCAGGCAGGACAAGCUAAAAAUCCACAUGCGGAAACACACAGGAGAAAGGCCAUACCUCUGCAUACACUGCAAUGCCAAAUUCGUGCACAACUACGACCUAAAGAACCACAUGCGUAUUCACACCGGUGUCCGGCCUUACCAGUGUGAAUUCUGCUACAAGAGCUUCACUCGCUCCGACCACCUCCACCGCCAUAUCAAGCGGCAGAGCUGUCGAAUAUCGAGGCCCAGGCGGGGGCGCAAGCCCGCAGCCUGGAGGGCGGCCAGCUUGCUGUUUGCACAGAAUGGCCAGCCAGAUGAGAAAGGCUUCAUGAUGCCUCCAACUCUGGAGGAGAUGAGCAGCCAUCUUGGCACCACGGCCAUGUGCCUUCCAGGCCCCAGCCACAAGCACUUCAUGAGUGGGGCCAAGAAUGCUCUAAACCUGCAAGAUCUAGAGAGCCAGUUUGAAGAAACCCAAAUGAAGCUGUUUGGGAGGACGCACCUGGACAUGGAAAGGAAUGGGGGCAUCUUUGCCUUUGCCCUGGGCCAUAAUGAGAACAUCUCGGCACGGCCAUACUUCCCUCUCCCUGACCCUUGGAGCACAGGAUUCAGUGGACUGCCUGGACUAAACCAUGUGGCCCCAAUUUCUGAGGCUAGCAACUAAACCAGUUCUACCCAUGUACUGGGUGUGGUAUGUUCUGUACCAUUCUUAAAGAGUGAACGACUCUCUCUGAUUGUCAUCUGCUGUCUCUCAUCAUCUCACUCCAAAGAAACAAUUGGUCGCUCAUGUGAAUCUAGACUGUGCCGUAGGAUGGUAGGCGGAGCCACACCUGAACAGACAAUGGACAUUCUUCUGAAUGAGGUGCUGCUGUUGGUAUUAUUCUGUGAUUGUACUAGGAAAUGUAGGUUGAGUUUGUCAGUGACUCCACCAGCACAGUCUGCUAGGGAUGUCUUUUUAGACCAUUUGUAGAGCACUUGGCAUAAGAGAUGAGAAGCUUGUCUCCUCCCAACAGUAGAGCCUGCCCUUAGUUCUUGGAAUCCAAUUUUGAGGGAGUGGGAAGGGUCAAGCUCCAGGAUGCAGGUGGCUGGUCUUUGGAAAGCUUCUGAAAACAUCACUUGCCUUAGUUUGAAGAUCAAGACAGUGCUUCGGAAGGAGAUUUCCAUUGCUCUCCAUUCGUGAUACCAGAUGGUCAGCUGGACAUCAGUGAAGAUGGCAAACCAUUUUUUGGCCACUUCUAAAUUCCUUAGUUUUUUAACCCCAUAAUCAAAUGACAAAUACAGUCUGAAAGGGCCUUGACAUGGGCCAGAUUCUUGGCUGGUACAAAUGAAUGCCCCUCUGUGCAGCUUUGCUGAUUUAUUGCAGCUGAGGAUCUGGCCUAGGGUCAUUACAAAUUACUAGCAAAUAUGUCACAUGUCAGAAUCCCUUGACGAAAUUCUGAGCAUACAAAGACCCUGCUGUCCAGGAUCAUCUGGGAAAAGGAUUCAGAUAUUGCUCAGGGGAUCCUGAUUGAAAAUUAUUAUACUAAAGAAUCCACAAAACAAGACUGUCACUGAGUGCUAGUAGAAAUCAUUUUUCAGCAUUUGUCAGCUCAGAAAUAUAGGGCUUACAACAUAAAAUAUGAGAUACUCCACUGAAAGAAGGCUUUGAUAGCAACAUGCUUCUAGUUUCCCCUUUUAAAAAGUGGUGGUAACUUUUUAACAGUCUGCUGAGGUGACCUGCAGUUAGUUUGAUGCCAAUACAGAGACUGGUUUUAAGUUUAAUCAAGGCUCAAAAAUGUAAAUUUAAAAAACUAUGGCGUGCUCACUCUUCUUUUUACUGUUAUCUUUCGGUUUCAGCAGAAUCAAAGGGAACCAGAGGGCCAUAGUUUAUUUUUUUUUCAUUUCAGUUCAUCCAUUAAAGGUGCUGCUCUUCAGUCACAAUUCAAGGAUGCGCUCUCUACUGGAGCACAGACGUUGCUACAUGCAUGGGAGAAAAUGAGCACCCUCUUCAAAGUCAUUCUCACAUAUGAUUCCCUUUGUCAAGAAGCACUUCAAGCAUAAAUAAUUCCUUUCUGCUUUGAGAACACAUUUAAAAGAAUGAUCCUGAUGAACUGCCUGAGACUAGCUUCCCCCCCUCCAUCCUGCAAAAUUAAAUGCGCAGAGACCCUGUGUGCAAUGAACAGUGGGAACUGGAAAGAAAACUUUUUAAAACUGCAUCAAACUUUUUUUUGUAUAUGUACCAACUUCUUAUACAAACUACAUUUUACAGGCAACUGGUUAUUUCAGGUGUUUUUGUCUACGAUUUGGAGUCAUGUAAAGUAUCCAAAGAUGCUGAGUACUGUAUAAUCUACGAGAACUUGAAGCAAGGUGUGUUUUUGUUUUUAAUUUUUGUUUUUGGUUUUUAAUUUUUUUUCCUGUUUGUCUGUGGGGAAAAAUACUUUGGAAGUUUUCUAUUUAUAACUAUUUUUAUGUGAUUGCUUUAUGUACAAACAAAAAAGAAAGGAAAAAAGAUACACAAACAAGUUUGCCUUAGUUAAUCAUGGGACAAUCAUCCUUAACUUUUGUUGAACCUAUAGAUUUUUUUAAAACGACAGGCUACUUUUACAUAUUUAUUAAACAGUAUUAAUUGAAUCUCUUAAAUUAUGAACAAGACUUGGUUCUUGUGCGUGUGGCAAACAUUGGAAAGCCAAAUUGUUCCAGAAGUCCAACCAAUGGCAAGUUUUUACUGCAACAUUUAAAUGCCAAUUUGUUUGCAGAAUAUACAAAUUUGGCGGCUUCUAAAGGCUUUUUGUAAAAUAUUCACUCCUCAUUUAAUUGUCUAGCUGCAAUGGUUAUGGUUAACAGAAACCAUUGUUAUUAUUAUUACGAUAAGAAGUUAAGGCUGAUUUUCCCUGAAUGAGCUCAUUUUGGUUGUAUGUAGCUGGCUGAGAUCAUUUCACGGUGGAAGGAAUAUAACAGACUCUAUUUCUGCCUUGCAGUUUCUUUACAUUUCAGUGUUGUGUGGUGAUGUUGGGCCACAGGUAUAUAUACAGGUGUUCAUGUGUGUGUGAAACAUUGGAGGGAGCAUCUCACUCUGCAUUCUCCAUGAUCCUUCCAUAACUCAGCCUUGCUCUCCUAAUCAUGAACUGCAUGUCAACUGUGACUGUCAAUGAGGUUCUUUUCAGCUGCUGCCUGGGAGUCUGAGGCUGAUAGCUUUUAUAGCAGUAUAACUCUAUUAGUUGCAAGGGAGUCCCUUCUGAUUUCAACUGGUGUGAGAUCAGAAUCAGGCCGUUUGCCUGGAAGAAACUAGGUAUGGCUACAUUCUCUCCGAGCUAGUGGUGAGGUUUAGGGUGACCAGAUAACAAGUGUGAAAAAGUGGGACACUUUUUUUUUCAGGGCUGGGGAA